GGUUACUCUCGGAAACGAUGGACACCGUUACUGUUGCGGUGCUGCAGGCCCUGCAACCAUCAAAGGCCGCGACGAAGCGGCCGAGCUUGUUCGAGCAGUCUCUCCUGCCAGCCAGCAUUGCCGACGGCGACUCGCAGCAUCUGUCUGACCCUGCUCUCCCUCCGACGGUCCGGACGCUCUCAGCACGCAAAUCGGCACGUCUGACUGAGAUCCUCGUCAAGGAGAUACAGGACCGGGUGCUCGGCCCAGACAAGGACCAUCAUGCAGACGACAAGCGGCACAGCGUGGCCACUCGGCCAUCCGUCGGCGGCGAGAUCCCCUCUCUCGCGCAGCGGAGGAGCGUCGGCAAGAGAGCGACGCAUGCAUCGCUCAUCAGUGCAGCCACAUCCCAUGGGAAGCGGCAGUCGAGAGGGGACUCCCUUUGGGUGUCGCAGCGGGCCUCAGUCUCCUCCACUUUGGCAAGAGACGAGGCUCAGCCUGGCGAGGAGGGGAGCGGUGAAGAUGCCCAAGGUGCCGAGGAGCGGCGGGUUGAUGAGGUGGAGGCAGGCUCAAGCCGACUUUUUGAGAUAUUCGCUCAAGUGGCGGAGGAGACAUCCACUGAAUGCAGAGUGAGCCGGCAAGAGACAUGGAGAGAUGAAAUCCGCAAGAGGCGUGUUUCUGUUUGUAGGAGCGGGGUGACCUUCUGCGGCAGCUGAUGAACAGCCUCUCCCGGAUGUUUGAUGAGCUGAUUAUGUCGGUGCGAUCGCUGAACAAGGAGAAGAGGGAGCUGUUGCAGGACCACAGCAGCAGAGCAGACGAGCUGGCGCGGACCAAGGAAAUGUGCGACAACCUCUACUCCGUCAACCAGACUCUAAAGAAGGAGCGAGCGACAAUGACCCUCACGCUCACCCGCGUGGAACAAAAGGCAGGCAGGCCACACGAGGCCACCCCUACCGGCGUUGAACUGUCUGUCAUGCUUGUCUGUCUGUCUGUCUCGUGUGUGCAGUAUGACGAGGGCCAGUGGGAGAUAGGCGAGCUCAUGGCCUCCCUACAGGCAGCAAGGGUAUGCAGACAGCCAUCUCCAUCACAUAAAUAUAUGUGCAUCCUCGUUCCUGUCUCGCCUCUGGGUUGGUUAGGAGGAGGCUCGCGGCUUGCAGGCGGCGCUCAACCUCUCCCUGGCAGAGAAGGAGGCCGCCCGACGAGCGGCCGUCGACGUCGGCACCGACCCACUGAUGCCAUUCAGCAGCUUCACCACAUCCUUGGUGCCGCCAACCGCCACUCUCCCAGUGCUUGACGAGGCCAUGCCGGACAUCGUUCCACCGACAUCGAUGCCGUCCAUUGAGAUCCCCGCUUUCGUCAGCCCUGUAUACGACACAGAUGACGGCGAAGAGGAGCAGCAGCGGCCCACUUCUGGCGCACCAGAGGCUCCUAUCGUCGAUGCUGAUCGCUCAGCGGGAGACCGCAAGGAGGAUGUCCGAGAAGAGGCCCCAGGUAUGCACGAGGACAGCACCAUGGUGGAAGCACCCCCUGCUUCUGAGGACACCGUCAAGGAGACCCAGCAAAGGACUCUCGCCCAUCAAGUGGUUGAAGCGAUUGUGAGCCACGUGCUGGAGACACUUCCUCUGCCAGCAAAGCCUGCAGCUUUGGCCGAUGGGGGAGCUCAGACAGCAUCUGUGGAACUGCCAUCGCUCCCCGACGGCAGUAGUGGGCUUAUCGACGAGCGCAGGGGCAGCCCCGAGAUUAUUGCUGAGGCGCCGAUCAGCCAUGAAGAGGGAGAGGAUGAACAUCAUGAGACAGCCGCGGCAUCACAUUUUGCCGCCGAGACACAGCGGGAGACUGAACCAGGCGUGGAGGCGGAGGCUGCCGCAGAGCAGCCAGCUGCCCCGGCGCGUGCAGAGCCCCCUCAGGUGGACCGGUUUGCUCCGAGAGUGCCAGCAGAGGUGCCAGCUAUAGCUGCUGCUUCAGAAGAUGCAGGAGACAUAUCCCCUGCGAGGGUUGAGAGGAGUCCUGUAAGGCGACCCAUUUCCCACACACUUCCAGCAGGUAUUGGUGGCGGGAUAGAUGUCGACGAGGCGGAUGAGCUCUCGGCUGUUGGAACCGAACGACAAGCUAUCAGCGAAGUCCAAGGGGAAGGGCGAGCCAUCAGCGAGACUGAAGGGCAGGCUAUCAGCGAGAUGGAAGAAUCUGCUGUAAGCGAGAUGGAGGAAGCUGAGGAGGAGCAUUGGGCGACUGAGCCCUCAAUCCAGCCAGCCACCGCUGUGCCACCACUCAGCCUCCCGGCCGUCUCAGGGCGCCCCGCCCAAGCCACCGUCAAGCCACCUGCAGAGAAGAGGAGACCAACUGAAGAGGCCAUCUCCCCUGAUGAGAAGACCCGGGCCCUAGAGCGCGUCAAGAAACGUGUUAAGGAGCACUCGGUCAAGAUCGUUGCCCACCCAGACGUUCCCAGCAGCAGCGCGCCCAUGACCAGCCGUUCUGCUAACGAGAGCCUUCACGCAGCCCGUAUGGGUUGGACGUCUCAGGGCUGGGACGACCUGGACAUCGAGAUGCAGUCGGAGACCAUGAGGCGGCCGCUGAAGAUCGAGGUGUCCAUUGCGCGGGGGCCUGGGGUGCACAGCCAGUUCACGCUCCAUCGGCCCUCGCGCGAAGAGGUCUGUGAGGCUUUCACGAUGGCCACGCACAGGGGGGAGGGCGACACGGUCCCAUCAGGGCAGCGAGCCCUUCCCGCCCUCCCCACCAACCUCACGACCGCAGCGGAUCAGCUCUUCAGCUCGAGCCUGAGGAGUGGCCUUCACGUGUCGCCGAGGCCGAGCGCCCCGCCCUCCCCUGGCCGGACAUCUGCUGGGGGGAAGGGGGAGAUCUCGAUGCUGAAGCUUGACAAAUUGGUUGCUCUGAUUAACCAAAUCUUUGAAGCAAGAAGCAACCAGGAGGCCAGGUGAGGGCUGGGAUGGGGGAGAAGGGGGAGUGCAAUGAUGCCUGACUGAUGUCGUCGAAAUAGGCUGCCCACUGCUCGCCCUCUCCCGCCCUUCGCCCAGUUCGUGGGUAAGUAAACAAAGGAACGGCAGACUGGUCGCCUGUCACAGUGGAUAUCUUUUGUGUGUAUGAUGGAUGCAGGUAAUUUCUUCAAGACGAAGCACGGGUCCCUCCCUGCUGUGCUCGAAGAGAAAAUCAAACAGCUCAGGCAGUCUGUCCAGCAACACUGCCUCGCACCAAACGCUGUACGCCACCAAAACAAGUCAGUCUCCCGAUUUCACACAUGGAAUGUGUUCCCUUCCUGUGUGCAGCACCCUGUGAUAAGACACUUCCACGACUUUGUGGCUCGGUCGUCCACAGCCGAGGUGACGGUGUAUCUGUGGCUGCGGCGGCUGGUGAGGCGGCUGGCCGUCAGCCCGCAGACCUUCACUGGGCCCCCGCCAGUGGAGAGCUUCAAGCCGGGCACCUCACACCCACACAAGGCCGUCUCGUCCGUCUGGGACAGCGAGAGCGGCAGCCCCACCUCAUCCCCCGUCUCGCCCACGUCACCCGACCAUGCCAAUGAGCCACCCUCCCUGGCUCAGGUGACGGCAGACGCUCAGGAGAUGAUGCGAAUCAAGGCCUUGGAAUACGAAGCUGAGGGAAAGGGAGAGACACAUGAGGGCGAGGCAGCAGCGGUUGGCACCGUGGUGCCGGUUGCGGCAGCGACGCGGGCAGUGGCCAUCAUGUUUGGGUCGACGCCCCUGCACGCCAUCGUGCUUGGCAUCCUGUCUGGCCAUGGCCAUGGCCACGCGCAGGGAGAGGCUGCGGGCGCUGGUGCGGGUGUGCCGCUGGAUGUGGUGCUCGACUUGUGCAUGGAGGGGUGGCGGGCCAGCAAGGCCGCUGAUGACAGCGACGCAUUCGAACUCGCCACCAGUGCAUUCGCACGGGUAAGUAAGUCAGGAGGCACAAGGCAUACGAGACAGACAGGGCCGAUAGAUACACACGAACGCGGUGAAUGCCUUUGUCUGUCUCGUCCAUAGGUCGAUCGUUACAGCCGCGGUCUGCUGUCUCCUGGAGAGCUGAUGCAGGCCCUCGCCAUUCUGCCGGUGCAGCUAGUGCCGCCGCAGCCCUUGACGGAGUCCCACCACGACAUGAGCCACUUCACGACUGCCGUCCAGGCAGCUAUGGCCAAGAUGCCGCCCGUCAGGGUGGCAGUCAAGGCCCCCGCAGCAGCAGGAGCAGUGGACAGCAGGGCGGCGGAUGAGGUCAUUGAGUGUCUGUUGGGGCUCUUCCAGCAGCUGACCCCCACACUGAACCACUUCCUUAACGCACUCGUACACAGCGAAAGGAGCGGCGACGUGGUAUGGUAUGCCCACAAACACCAACAGACAGACAGACAGGGAGAGACAUGCUCACUCAGCUCACAUCCACACACAUACCAUACCACAUACAGGUGUUCUGCCGGGAGCUGUCCCGCCAUUCGAGAGCCUUCACUUUGGCAGUAAGGGAGCGGGACGUCUGUGAGGCCCUGCGGAGCUUCCGCCAGCUGCUGAUCAAUCUGCUGGCCUUCCAGAGCGACCACCAUGUGGAGGAGGGUGUGGUGCCGGUGAGGGAUGAGGUCAUGCGGGAGGCCUCUGGGCUGAUAUCGGUGUUGAAAGCCAUGUGGCGCCAGAGCAGGGAGUGGGAGAGCAGUGGGAGGGGCGGCCGCACCAUGGGGGCAUACGAUGAGGUGCUGGAGACGAUGCCCAGAUGAGAUGAUGGAGUAGCUAUACUGUUGGCAUAGUGGGUUUGGCUUUGGUGGCGCGGUGUGUGCAGUCCAGUGCACGUGUGUGCGUGUCGGUCAUCGGUCAAUGUCUGUCUG